AUGCCGGACUACGUGGCAUCUCCAUAUGCUGCGGGUACGGCCCUAAAAGGACAAAAAAAACAAAGAUACAAAUCUGCAGCUGACCCUCUCAAAGCAACUGUGGCUUCCUGUGGUGAGCUGGCCUUGAAAGGAUUUUUUUCCUCUUGCUUUGAGUUUAGCCAUGAUGAUCUCAUAGAGGCAGGAAUGGAUGACAAUUUAGCCAUGUACCUGAUGAGCAAAUUCAUAGCCCAGAGACUAAGCCUGGUCUAUAAGUUUUUAAAUCCUGCAUUCCAAGAAUUUCUUGCUGGGAUGAGGCUGACUGAACUUCAGGAUUCAGAUAGACAAGAAGAUGAAGAUUUGGGACUUCAUCAUUUGAAACAAACUCAUCCCAUGAUGGUUUUGUGUCCCUACGACAAUUUUUUGAGUUAUGUCUCCUGCCUUGCUUCAACAAGGUCAGGGUCAAAAGUUGUAUCUCAUUUGCUUCUUUUGGUGGAUAAUCAAAAGUCACCAGAGACCCUAUCUGAAAAUGAUGACUUCCUGAAGCGCCAUCCAGAAAUGUCAGUGAUGAUGCAAUGUAUUAGGGGGCUGUGGCAAGGCUGUCCGCAAGAUUACUUUUCAGUGGCUUUAGGACAUUUACGAGCUCUGGCUGUAAAAAUUGCCUAUCAAUUUUGCUAACUGUUGCUGCGUGUUCUCUCUCUAUUUUUUUUUUUUUUUUUGCAAUUCCUUCCUGGGAGAAGCCUGUCUUUGAAAGAACUUAAUUACAGUAUUUUUUUGACCACCCACCCAGAAUGCUUGUUAGUGUUGAGGAGCAUCAGGAUCUCCAUAUAUGGAAAAAAAUUAGCCAGAUUUAAUUUGUCAGGCCUGGAAACAUGUCUUGACCAAUCCCAGGCACCAACUAUAGAUCAGGACUGUGCUUCUGCCUUUGAACCUCUGAAUGAAUGGAGGCGUGUAGCUGAAAAAGAAGACAACAUGCAGAGUUUUCUGAACAUGCGACCUGAUGCUCCACCAGACAUCAGCACUGGCUAUGGGAACCUCUCUCCAAAGCAGUAGCGGAUUCCCCUUCUGGAAGUUGAUGCGAAAGAUGUUGAUGCUGUGGACCAGGAGCUGCUAAGUCUUCUAGUGGAAGUUUUCUCAGCUUCACAGCACAUUGAACUCCACUUGAUGAGAAGCAUGAGCUUUAUUGAAAGUAUCUGCCCGGCUCUUGAGCAGUGUAAGUCCUCUUUCACCCAGUGCUCCAUUUGCAAAUUUGAGCCAAGUGCAGUAGAACAGGAAUUGCUUCUCAUUCUGCCUUCCCUGGAAACUCUUCAAGUCUCAGAGACAAGCCAGCUUCUACGUAAACCUGGAUCCCUUUUAGAUAACCCAUUGAAUGUGUAAUUUUAGCUUCUUACUCUUCAUUUUAGGUGGAUGAAAACUUUUGAAAGCAUGAGACCAGAAAUCCUAGCUGACUGAACAACUAUAAAAUAAACCUUCAAUAAUGCAUACCACUGACAGAAAAAAGCAAAAGGCCUCCAAAGAUAGAAUGGCUUUCAAAUGCUGGUAAAAAUAAUAAAAUAAAUGAAGGCUCUUAAAAACAAAUGACUUGUUAGUGAAAGACGGUUCUAUAUGUAAAUGAUUCCAUGAGAAUUGCUCUCACCCCACCUGCCUCGUGGACUCUCCAGGAAAUAAUAUCUCCCAGUUAUUUGCGUCUCCUCUCACUUCUCCAAGCAGUGUUUGAGGGUUUUCAGUGUAGACUUUAUCAUCUUUUAUUAAAUUUAUUCCUAGAAAGUUUUUUUUUUUUCCUUUUUAGGGCCACACCCAUGGCAUAUGAAAGUUCCCAGGUUAGGGGUUGAAUUAGAGCUACAGCUUCCAGACAACAC